GUAACGCUGAUGGAUACAACCGUUCUUGCUCACUACACCAUGAGAGCUUUCCGAAUACAAGUGGUUGGAGAAAUGGAGAUGCGCGAGAUCCGACAUUUGCAGUAUACGGCCUGGCCUGAUCACGGCGUACCUGACCAUCCCACUCCUUUCCUAAUAUUCUUGAAGAGGGUAAAGACUUUGAAUCCUCCAGACGCCGGACCGAUUAUUUCACAUUGCAGUGCGGGUAUUGGCAGAACGGGUGCAUUCAUAGUUGUGGAUUGCAUGCUUGAGAGGCUUCGCUACGAGAACACGGUCGACAUUUUUGGUUGCGUGACAUCGCUUCGAAGUCAGCGCUCCUAUAUGGUCCAGACUGAGGAUCAAUACAUAUUCAUCCACGACGCCGUGCUUGACGCUGUCAACAGCGGCUCGACCGAGGUGCCUGCCGUGAAAUUAAGGCAACACGUAAUGGCACUGCAACAAAUGGCACCGAUGGAGGGAGCUGCGGGAAUGGAGCUGGAAUUUAGGGUAAGUAAAUUACAACUCGAAGAUUUUUUGUGA